GAAGGAAAAAAAUGAUUAAGCAGAAAGGAAUAAAAAAAACAACAAAACACAAUUGAAUAAAAACGGGGAACGAACAAGAAGGCACAAGAGUGAGCACUGGGCACAAGAAGAGGAGGAGGAGGAGGCGCCGCACAACAACAAGACGGCUGAGUAGGAGACGACCACAGGGAGCUCCAUAGGGCACGCCACCCCCAGGACACUGAACACAUAUUCGAGGAACGCUGGGCAGGAUGGAGGUCACCACUGAGAAUUUCAAGGAAGUUCUUCCCAGCAUCCUCCAAGCAGUGGAGAGGGCAGAUUUUAUAGCUAUUGAUGCAGAGUUCACUGGUCUGCGGCGCAGGGAAACCUCAAGAUACUGUGAGCUUGAUACUAUUGAGGAAAGAUACAUCAAAGCUCGUGAAGCAGCGAAAGACUUUGGAAUGAUUCAGUUUGGAAUAUCAGCCUUUCGUUAUAUAAAGGAAAAAUCAUCGUAUUCACACGCCACUUUCUGCUUCUAUCUGCUGGGGAAGACUGGAGACAUGCUGUAUUAUGACAACUCUAGCCUGAAGUUCCUAGCAGACAAUGGAUUUGAUUUCAACAAAUUAUUUAAAAGUGGAUUACCUUACCUUUCAAUACUGGAGGAAGCAGAGAAAAGAGGAGAGUUUGUCAGUCAGGCACUAGAACCAUUCCCUCCCUCACCAGUAAAGGUUGCAGAAGAAAAGGCAAGAAAAUUUUUGAAAGAGACAGAAGAAAAAAUAGAUGCCCUCUUAGAAGAUGAAAGUCAAGAGGUUUUGGUGCUCCCAGGUGGAACAUUGCCUGGAUUUUUCCGCAAACUACUGUAUAAUAAUAUUGCUGCCAAAUAUAAAAACAUUCUCAUACGCAGUCUGACAACUGACCAGGAGAGGAACAUUGAAAUCCGUAAAUUUGACUCUCCUGAAGCCAGAUUAAAGUUUUUGGAGGAGGAAAGGGAAAGAAAAUUGGAUGAAAAGGUGGGCUUCACUCACGUGAUCCGCAAGGUGCUGGAGAGUGGCAAGCCUCUGGUGGGCCACAACAUGAUGCUGGACUUGCUACACUUGAUUCAGAAGACAGUGCAGCCUUUGCCUGAUACCUUAGAGCAGUUCAAGAAUGUUGUCAAGGCAAACCUUCCCACUAUCUAUGACACCAAACUCCUUGCCAAGGAUCCACCAUUCUGUGUUGACAUUCCCAUCACCUCACUUGGCAUCCUGUACAGUGAACUCUGUGGUAAAUUCAAUCCACCAGACUUCAUUGUUGAAGAAGGAUAUGAGAGUCACAGCCUGGACAGGCAUGGCCAGGCGCAUGAUGCAGGGUAUGAUGCCUUCAUGACAGGCGUGUGCUUCAUUACCAUGGUGAAGAAGCUGGAUGGCAGCAACUGGAAGAACAAGUCUGUCAUCAGAUCAAAACAUUUGUCUCAAUUUUCCAGCAGAUUGAAUAACAUGAACUCCCAUGACAUUCCUUUCCUCAACCUGGUGGGUCCAGAUGUUCAGACAGACAGAAGCCGAAUAUUUUGUGUGGACUGUCCUGCGGAGUGGAAUGUGGGCAAUGUUCAUGGACUUUUUAACAUGAUGAAACCCAUCAAGAUAGUGUGGAUGAGCAGCACUUUCUUGUAUGUUAUUCCUCCCGAAGACAUUGACACCAGUGGCUGCAAACAAUACCUCAAGGGCAUCCAGGCAUCUUGUCCCCCUAUGGUGAGAGUGAGGCUGUAUGGUGACACUUUGUCAGUGAAAAGGAAAUCUCAGUCUGAUGAUAUACCACCAGGAGUUGAGCCAAGCGCUAGCCGUGUCCACGAGUACAAGCGGCUGAAGAGCGUUGGGUCAGACCAGCUUUCAAAGAUGACACUCGAGUCCCCCAGUAUGGAAGAAGUCCCUCCAAUAUAUGCCAAUGCCAGUGAUAAUGGAAAGAGGAUGAAGACAGACCAAGAUGCUGCCACUGAUGGGGUGUUUGCCAUACCAGAUGAAUGGUAGGUGGGCAGGAGCAGCUAUGCCUAAUUAAUGUUCAAAUUCAAGAAGUUGAUAGAAAAUUAUCUGACAUGACAGAUUCAUGUUUUUCUGUCACUUUCUCUUGAUCAUGUUAUACAUUCAACAUAGAACUCAGUUAAUCAGGUUUCAGGAUUAUAAUCCUUGCUAAAUUUAUUUUGAGCCCAAAAUCUUUAUAGCUUCAUCAUAACCAUAUUUUGACCCAUAUUUGACUAACUAAACUAGUUAUAUUGAUUAUCCCAAAUUAAUUAAUUCAAAAUCUAGCAUGGGAGAACAAAAAAUAAAUAGAUUAAUAAUGAAUAUGCAAAUGACAAGAUGGGAAUAAAUGUAUUGUAAGCUACUUUAAGCUUCUUUAUGCUAAAAGUUAGAGUUAGAGUUAUAUAAUAGGUGAUGAAAAUAAUUUCUUAUGUAAAUUACAUAAAGUGGAACUUCAUUGAAAGACAAAUAAAUGGGUAUGGAAGCAGAAGAAAGCUUGUGGAAAACUCACAAAUAUACAGCAGAUCACAAAUUCAUAAGAAUUUCAGACAGUGGGGAUCUUGUAAGCUGCUGGUGUAAUGCUCUUAACGUGGCAAGCUAUUUUAAAACUGAUGAGUACAAUUUUAUCCAUCAUUUGGGUUUUAUGAAACUGAAGUUAGUAUCAAAACAGUGCUUUCUUUGUAAUGCAUGUUUUUUCCCUGUUCAGUGAUGAAAAUUCUGUAAGAUAACUUGGUUCCCAACCUGGCUGUGACAGUGUGUUCUUCUGUUUACUGUGCCUCCCAAAUAUGCAGUAAUGUGUAAGCAAGAUUUAUUUUUUCACUUACACUUCUGAACAUGAACUAUAACCAUUGUACCAUCCAUAGUUGCAGUUCAGUUUUUCUUCCUCAUAGUGAUUUAUUGAAUGUAAUCAUUGAUGGAUUGGGAUAUCUUACUCCUUGCUAUUAUGUUGGAACACUGCACAUUCUUUAAGUCAUAAGGCUUGGUUGUCAUCCAGGUGUGUACAAAAUAACUGUAGUUGCAUACAUGAUCUGAAUAAUGAAGAUAACAUCUGGCCCCAGUUAGGUGUAUUGAGACUGCAUGUUGAUUAUGCGUGUUACUAUUGAAUCUUUCCUUGAGAUUGUUUAAGUGUUGAUGAAUGUUAUAAUAUUUUUUUCCCACAACUAGAGUUACCUGGAAAAUACUUUUGAAUGCUUCAGUAGAAAAGUAAAUUCCAAAAGCACAUGACUUCUGACUAUUGGUCUGCUGGAUAUAAGUGAUUACUGAAUGAACUCAGAUUCACAGGGUGGAGUCAAAUGAGAUACAGUAUGUGUACAACUGUAAUCAUACUCAUUAACACUUAAGACUGGCACAAUUGAUCCUUGAUUUUUUUUUUUUUUUUUUUUUUUAAUCUAGUAAGUACUUCUGGGCCUUUCUCAUAGUAAGCAUCUUGUGCUAUCAUAGGCUAAUGGUACUAAAAGUAUGACAUGGUUAUUUUCAUAUCAAUUUAUUCCAACAUAUUAUCAUUUAUCACUUAUGGUUAUCCUGUCUUCCUCCAGCUUCCUUCAGAAAUGGGUUUUCUCCAAUUUAGGGUCCCAUAGCUGAGAUGUGUGGGAAUGCUUAUAUUCCUUAAAUCUUUCCUCAGAUUCGUUGUUGGAAGAGAACCAAUCCUGAUCAGCCACAAAGUGCUAGAUUCAUAUGCACGGCUUACCUGCUCUUUUUUACAUUAGGGCUUAACAACAAAAUUGGCUGUGAUUAUCCCUGAAAUAUUUGAUUAACUGAGUUCUUGCACACUUUCCCUUUUUCUUUCAUCUUGGUAUUUCUUCAACAGGUGUGAGAUAUCAGACAGGGAGGGAAGACCACAUAUAGUACCUUUAGUGUUAGCUUUGUUUAUCUUUUUUAAGUGGUUUUGGUAAUGCUGGUGGAUACAAUUUGUUUUAGGUAAACUCGGAAAUACUUUCUUGUUGAUAAAGUGCACAGGCUCAAAUAGUUCAGUUGAAAUGCAUAACAACUCUUUGAUCUAUGAAAUUUGGAUAGUCAUUUGAUAGCUUUACAUUUACACUCAAAUCUUACUCUCCACCAAAAACAUUAUUAUGAUUCCUUCAUCAUUUUCCAAACUUCAUGGGGAAUGCAAGACACAGACUUGACUUCAAUGUUUAUUGAAAAAUAUCACUACUGUGGUGUAAAGACAUUGUGUGAAUGCUUUUGGUCUCCAUUUAUUGCUGGAAAGGAAUGUGUUUAUCCUUUGGAUAUGCAAAGUGCAUACCUACAUUGUCUAUUUGUGCUUUCAUAUUUUAAAGAUAAGUAAAUGAUUGCACUUAACAAACAGGGUAUAUGGAAACAUUACAAGACUGAAAUGUGUUUCCCUUUAUAUGCAUAAAUAAGUGCUUUGAUGAACUGUGUAUAUGAUUAUGAACACUGAUGUUGUGCAUUCUCAUUUGAGAGAUGAGUGCUUGAAACAAACUUUAAAAAAUGGUGAAUAAUUUUGUUGUUACUUGUGAGGAAUAAUUGUUGUUUUUCAUUGUUAUAGUUGCUCAAGACAAAAAAGAAAAGUUGAGUUGCAGGUUUGAUGUACUCAAAAGGUCUUUUAAGUGCAAAUUUUAAUGAUAAAAUAAUAUUAACAGCCAUUUAUAUGUUGUGAUGGCUGUUCAGCUGUGUGAUUUACAAAACAUUUUGUGUGUAUGUUCAGUAUUAUAAAUAAUGCAGAUGCUGCCAGUGCAGAUGGUAUUAUAGUUGUGCUCCACUAACCAAUUUUCAUGGUUAGGUAAUCGAAAUACACUUUUUAUAUAAAGAAA